AUGAGUAGCGAUUGGAAAAAUAUUUUAAAAAGAAAUAGAGAAUAUAUCAAAGCUAAGAAUAAAAUAAAGACCCAAGUUGAAAAUAACAGAUUACAACAACUUGGAUUAACAGAAAAUCUACAAACUCUAUUUCAACCCAUAUUAAAAUCUCAAGAGGAUAUUAAAAAGAAAUUAGCUUUAGAACAUAAACCUCCUAUAGAACCCACACCUCGUAUAGAACCUCAUCACCCCAAAGCGAUUGAAUAUGGUGGUAUUAUAAUAAGGACAGUAGAUGAUGUAAAACAUUAUUUUUCAAACCCUGACCCACAUUUACCAAAGAGUAUUAAACCAAUCAUUGAUGAAGUGGGGCUAAUAUUUAAUGGUUUUAGAAUAAGAUUUAGUCCAAAUACCCCCGAAUUUAUAAUCGAUACAAAAGAUUUUAUAUACACAUUAACGAAAGGAUUAAUAGAUUUAAUGAAUGGGAAGGAUGUUGUUGUUAAACUAUAUAAAAGAGUAAUUGAACAUGAUGAAGAGGAGCCUGGUGAUUAUGCAGAAGAGUAUCCACCAAUCACAAAAGAAAUAGACGAAUUCGAAAAUAUGGUAUCUGGACAAGGUAUAACGUUUUUAUCCAACAACAACGAGGAACUACUUAAUAGAUUACGAGUAAUAUUAGCGGCAUGA